AUGCUGAACACACAGCUCCUGCUGAACUGGGCUCUUGGUGCAGCUCUUGUCUACCUACAACGAGCAACUCUUAGUUCCCUUGCGAAUUGGGUCCACUCUGCUCUACAGGCACAUGUAACUCCGACAACCUGCGUAUUGGCAGUAUAUGGCGCCGCAAUCUUGUACAUACUAGCUCUCCUUCGUGUCCUAUUCAUCAGGCUCGCAAGAAUGAAGGCAAAUGGAAGGAAGAAGAUCAAAGGAUCACAGGUAAGACUGUACUAUGAUGAGAAAGGGAAUCCAAAAGGACGAGUAAUCGAAGAUAUCGAGCUGUCUCUUGUCCCGAGAGCGCCUCCAACCAGAGACCCGCCUGUAAAUUCAAUGGUACCGUCUGCACUCGGAAGCCCCAAGGGUCCAACGCGCACUGCACCGCUCAACGACGCUGGCACCUUUGAGUUGGUUUCUUUGCAUGUGUGGGACGGCUUCCCCAAUGGUCGUUUCCGCAGUGAUUUCACGGCCGAACAUGUCAAGCUCACAAACGAGCUUGUGUGUUAUUGGGCGAGUGACAAGCUUCGGGGCCACAAGGGCACCCGGAAAGCCAAAGACUCACGCAAAGGGCUGGAGCGCCGCUACGUGUGUGCCGGAGUAAUCACCUGUACCAGCCCCACAUGUGCUAUUUCGAUUGCGCCAAGCGACGAUAUAAGCCCCCAACUCCAAGUCUUGUGCGAGUGUGGAGCGGCUCUUCAUCAUCUCAGAUGUCCAAUCGAAUGGUCUACAACAAUCUACCAAGCAGGCGCCAUUUUUUCGAACUCGGGGAUUCAUUUGCAUGGUCGAUACACUCAUACCUUGCUUCCAGACCGGCGGAAGGCAUUGAAACUUCGAGAGCUUGUCGUCAAGCCGCCGAUACAGCUACAGGUAGGCGCUGGGCAAUCAGAGAGCUCAUCAGGCGAGGAGUUCCAGUUCGAGUUGUCCAACGGUGAACGAGACAGUGGCGACGGACAUGCAACGGAGGACAUGGAAUCCGAUGGGGAUGCACACAUGAAUGCGGCCCUGGCAGACUCUAAUGAUGAAAUGGCACUUGAUCCGGACGCAGAUAAGGCAGUGUAA